CAAAAAAUUGUUGAGUUGAUCUAGCUUGUACUACAUGAAUGAAUGAAACUAAUUAAAAUGUGCCUCUUGAUUAUAAAUAAUGUAAUUAAGCAAAAUGGCAUCACUAUUUUCAAACGUGUCACCUCCACCAAAUUGCAUUAGAAUUUAUAAAUUUAAAAGCCUCUUCUUUUGAGUGAAUCAAGCUCAAGCAACCUUGAGCUUAUAAAGGGUAUUACUACAAUUGCAUGUAUUUUAGAGCAAAAGGCUUUAUUGUGAUGUUAUUUUCCUCUUGAGUCGGUGAAAGAGGGCUUUUUAUAGAGACUUUGUGAUUCUAUAGAGGACUCAAGUUUUUGAGAGUUGGUGAGAGGUUUGUGAUUGAAGAAAAAAAAAUGAAUUCAAUGGAUUUGAGACAAGCUUUUGCUGGCCUUCUCACUCUCUCAAUGUUCAUAAUGCUUGGUAAUAUGAUCAAGAAGGACCAUUUUGAUUAUUCAAUUGAUGAUGUUGAAAUUCAAGCUACACAUGUUUCCCAACAUGACUCUGUAACAGUUACUCCACAAAGUUUGGCCACAGUUUCACAUCUAAGCAAAAAGCCUUUGAAGCAAAAUGUUGAAGGACUAAAACCAUGUUGGAGUCCUCCUGCUCCUACACUAAAGGAAGUAGAACAAUCUAAAGGUUUCAUCAUAUUUUCCUUAACAAAUGGUCCUGAGUAUCAUAUCUUACAGAUUGCAGAUGCAGUGGUGGUAGCCAAAUACCUAGGAGCCACUCUUGUGCUUCCUGACAUCAAGAGUAGCAAAUCGGGAAAUAGCAUGAACCUUGGAGAUAUUUAUGAUGUUGAAAAUAUUUCAAAUAAGUUAAAUGGGUUAGUAAGAGUAACAAAAGCACUUCCUCCUGAAGUUUCAACUAGAAACACACCAAUAGUAAGAAUACCAAACAAGGUUUCACAAGAUUACAUUAUCAAGAAAAUCAAACCAAUCUACAAAGCAAAAGGGAUUAUUAAGAUUGAAUCAAACUUUCCCUCGUCAACAAUUUCAAGAAAUACCAACAACUUGGACUUACUUGCAUGCCAAGCAAUGUUUGGAACACUUCAAUUGAAAUCAGAGAUACAAGAAGUAGCUGAGUCGAUAGUACAAAAUCUACAAACUUGGAGUCAAGAAUCAAAUGGACAAUUUGUUGCAGUGGAUUUAAGAACUGAAGUAUUGAAAAAUGAGUGUAAUGGAAAAGAUGAAAAGGGAAGAAAACAAUGUUACCAAGGAAAUGAGAUUGGUGAGUUUCUUAAGAAACUUGGGUAUGGUCAAGAAACUGUUGUUUAUGUCACUCAGACUAAAUGGAGUCCUGAUCUUAAUUCACUCAGAUAUAUGUUCCCUAAAACAUAUACCAAGGAAAACAUAAUGUCAGAAAUUAAGAAAGAAAAGCUUCUAAGCUCAGAAAGCAGUGAAUUUGAGAAGGCAAUUGAUUUCUACAUAUGUUCUCAGAGUGAUAUCUUUGUGCCAUCAAUUACUAACCUCUUCUAUGAAAAUGUUGCUGGAAUGAGAAUUGUGUCAGGGAGAAAUCAAAUCCUUGUUCCAAGUGAAAUAGCAAGUCCAUCAGCUUCAGCCUCAGAAUUCAUGUCUCCUUAUGUGACCAAGAAGAAUCAUUUUGCUUAUAAAUGCUUUUGUUGAAUUAAACUUGCUCUAAGUUUGGCUAUGUAUAAUAUUUGUAUGUAUAUUAUGCUUGAAUCAACUCACUAGAGCUUUAUGUUUAAGAUGGUGGUAAUAAUGGUUAU